AUGUCUAAGGUAGAUUCAAGAAGUGAUGAGAAAAAGGCAGUUGUACCUUGUUAUCAGUCAGCUAGGUUACAUGACCAGAAAGCUGUGAAUGAGUCAGUGAAGAAAUCUGAGAGUGAAAGCUCAAAAGAUUCAGAUAUAACUGCAGAGGGGUUUAAACAGAAAGAUACAGAUGCAGAGGCAGUGACUGAAGAUGAGGUGAAGUUGAUAGCUCAGGUAGAAGUGGAAGUAGAGCCAGCAGUGAAAGGCAUUCAUGAGAAGAAAGAUGAAGAGGAACUGAAGCUGACUGAAGCAGAUAAACAGUGA